AUGUCAUCGUUACCAGUAAAUCGAGAUCGUCGUCGUUCGAGUGACUUCGGAAAUGAUUUCGAACUGUUUGAUCCAUGGAGAGAUUCAAAGUCGAAUACAUUCGCAUCACUUCGUUGGAUCAAUCGACCGAAACGACGACAAGAAUAUGAAGAAAUAGUAGCACCUGCAUUAGAAUCACAACCGUAUGGAGACAAAUAUCGUGUCAAACUGGACAUCUCGGGAUAUGAUCCCGAGAGUAUCCAAACCACGAUCGAAGGUCGUCUUCUGCUCAUUGAAGCGAAACAGAAUGGUCAAAGUGAAAAAGAACGAAAAAUGUACGAUCUACCCGAGCCUGUUUAUGAACAUGCUGAUGCUGAUCAUUUGGUAUCGUAUGUAACACCAAAUAAUUUAUUAAUUGUCGAUAUCCCACUGCAUAAUCACGAACACAAACAACGUUACCUCGAAUCGGCAACAGAUGCUGAUCACCAACAUUUACUUCCGUAUGGUCAAAAUCGUGAACAAUCGUUCGAUUAUCAUCAUUUUCACACGUCUUCGUUUACACCGAAAGUUGUCAAUGGCGAAGAAAAAAAGAAGAAACUGGAAAUGUCUUUACCAAUGAAAAACUACCGCCCAGAUCAGAUCAAAGUCUCCGUGAGAAACAAUGAUUUGAUCGUCCAAGGCGAACAUAUGUCACUCACUGAUCGAACUUUGGAGAAAAGCUACUUUUACAGAUCAAUUACUCUUCCACCAGGCACGCAAACAGAUCAUUUACAAUCAUAUUUAACUGAUGAUGGACAUCUUACAAUCGAAGUACCAUAUACUGAACACAGUCAAAACAAAUGA